AUGGCUGGCUUCUUAUCCUUUGUGCGCUAUUUGCGUCUGAAAGGCCUCGUCUCCUUUAUGCGCCUCGUCGUUAGGCUCCUUUUCCCGACUCCAAAGCCCAGACCUGACUCUGUGCUAAGAGUCCCGUCGCGUGAUGAGCACCGUACGAUCAAAGUCCAUGUCUACAAGCCAUCCGUGGAAGGCACUGAAAGCACGACACCCGCCCCGGUUUUGGUCAAUCUGUAUGGCUCCGGCCUCGCGCUUCCGUUUCAUGGCAGCGAUGACUAUUUCUGCCGGCUGGUUGCCAACGCCGCUGGCUAUGUGGUGCUUGAUGUCAACUAUCGUCUAGCUCCCGAGCAUCCAUUCCCAGCACCUCUUAAUGAUCUCGAGGAUACUGUGAAAUACGUGCUUGGCCGCCCGAACGAGUACAAGGCCUCGCAGAUCUCCGUGUCGGGGUUUUCAUCUGGUGGCACUCUCGCGCUCUCCGCUGCCUCAACAAUAUUUCCCCGCGGAACUUUCCAAUCUCUGAUCGCUUUCUAUCCCGCGACAAACCUCUUUCAGGAUCCGAGCCUAAGGAAAGCCCCAGUGCCAGGUGGAAAGGAGCGCUCGCCAUUCUGGACUAGGGUCUUUCGAGAGUCCUACAUAAGAGAGAUGGAUCCUCGCGAUCCGAGAAUUUCUCCAGCAUUUGCGGAUACGUCCAAUUUCCCAUCCAACAUGCUGUUCGUGACAGCGGAAUCGGACGCAUCGGCGCUCGAGUCAGAGGAGUUGGCCGAGAGAGCAAAGAGCGAAGGCCACGCGGAUGGCAGGGAUGUAGUUAUCCGGAGAAUGAAGGGGUGCGGCCAUGGGUUUGACAAGAAAAUUACGGGCGAUAUCUUCGUUCAGGCUAGAGAUGAGGCUUAUGAACUUGUUGUCAAUAUGUUAAAGAAUGUCAAGAGUAAGAGCGCUUAG